AGUUUUCCAUCUGAGCUCGGAUCAUGAACAGUCCUCUUGCGAUCACUGCCCUAGUUUGGGGCAUUCUCUGCCUUACGUGUCCACCUUUAUCUGAAGCCGGAAUGGAAGAUUGGACACCAGGCCAGCGCCUGGUCUACGAGAACCUGACACAACAGGAUUGCGGUGUCCGAUCGAAUCAGAUUCCCGCCGUAAGGAUUCGUUUUAUGAUCACCGGCGGCAGAAAAUCGUCGCUAAUGUCUCAGCCUUGGAUGGCGUUUCUUCAUAUCGCAAGUGACUUAGAGAUGUGCCGCUGUGGAGGCUCUCUUAUCUCAGAACUCUUUGUUUUGACUGCCGCGCACUGCUUCAAAAUGUGUCCCCGAUCUAAGGAGAUUAGAGUGUGGCUGGGAGAGCUCGACCUUAGUUCCACAAGUGACUGCACCACCUACAAUUAUGAACGGGUUUGCGCUCCGCCCGUGGAGGAGUUUACCAUCGACAAGUGGAUUCUUCACGAGGAGUUUAACCUCUUUUAUCCCGGGUAUGAUAUUGCCCUGAUAAAACUAAACAAGAAAGUGGUCUUUAAAGAUCACAUACGACCCAUAUGCCUGCCCCUGACCGACGAACUCUUGGCGUUUACCUUGCAGCUGGGACAACGCUUCAUGGCGGUGGGCUGGGGAAAAACGGAGAGUCUACGCUAUGCCAACAGUACAAUGGAGGUGGAUAUAAGAACUGAGAAGUGCACCGACGGCAGGGAUACUUCGUUCCUCUGCGCCAGUGGAGAUUAUGUGGACACAUGCAAUGGGGACUCCGGUGGACCGCUCUUAUGGAAGACCACGUUGUUUGGCAAGGAUCGAGCCGUACAAUUUGGUGUGGUCAGCACUGGAAGCCAAAACUGCGGUGCUGGUCACAAGGCCUACUACAUGGAUGUACCCACCUAUAUGCCCUGGAUACUUGAAAAGAUGGCAGAAUUCUCGGAUGUUUAAGUAAACUCUGUUAACUAAAGAUGCGAAUACGCAUGCGCGUUUCACUGGUGUUGAUAAUUUUCGAUUCUUUUUGGUCACCCGAAGGCCUUAACUUCUAUAAGCUUAGUUAUAAAGAUGUCAGAUCUAGUAGCUCACGUUUUUGUGUUGUUCAGAUCGGUAGUCGCAUCAAGAAAUAUGUAUAGCGAAAUACGAAAUCGGAAAAGUCACAUUAGGCACAGUUGUAUUGCAAGAAUUUUAAAACCAAUUACACAAUAUGAGUAAUUAGAUUGGUGUCCUGUAUCUGGGACACUCGGACUCGGUGGUGGAGUAAACUUUUAAAAGGGACUGCAGUAAUGGGUACUUUCGUCUCUGAAAUCUUAAUUGCUUAAUCUCAACUUUCUAGCAUUUAUUGUUCCAAAGAUUACCAUGUACAUCGGACAGACGGACGGACAACGAACGGUCAUGACCAGAGCGUCUCGGCUAUUGAUCCGCAUCAAUAAUAUAUAUACUUUAUAUAGUCGGAAACGCAUCCUUCUAUGAGAAACAUGAGUUUCAACGAAUCUUAUAUACUCUUUUACUCUACGCUUAACGGUUAUAAAAAAAUAAAAAAUCUUGAGUUUUGAUGAUAUUGUAC